GUGAAGGCUGACUAGUAGACUGGGGAGGUCUUUUCCCGUGGCGCGCCAACAAGCUGACGGACUCUUGUUCUUGCUGGCAGACCGCAGACGGCUGUCAUCGCAGCCAAUCACCACCACCAGAGAUAAGAUUAGAUCUGAUCGCCAAGACUAGUCCGAAUUCUCCUUCCAAAGUCCCUCAAGCAGACGUCCGUUCUUCGGUCUCCCCCGGCCUACCCUAUACUUGUUUCGCUUGCUCUACUAUCAUUGGUGAGGCCAUGUCUCCCUUGUGGGCGACUCCCUCAUUGUUACUUUAAUUGAUCCUGAACCCAUAUCCGCAAGGUGUGUGGGUGCCAAUUGCUCGUAUCAACUAUCCCGACUCUUGUUGUCCCGCACCGUGACGUCCUUCCAUGCCUUGGUGAUCAUCCAGCGCCCUUGAAACAGAUAUUCUCCCCCCUCAAUUAUCCUCAAUAUGCCGCCACAUCUACACCCUCGGUCGCGGUCGACCUCCUCUCUUUUCGCAGCCACCCUCCUUGCAUCUCUUUUCGUCGUCGGCCUGCCGCACCUUUUCCCUUGCCCUGCCCCGCGUCGUACUCUCGCCGAUUCUGAGAUGAUGGUCACCACUGAUGGACAGCAAAUACCAAGAGUCCGAAGGAAGAGGAGGAAGGAUGCUGAAAUGUGUGGCCCAGAAGGAAACGUUCUUUCCCAGGCACAGCAACCCCCUGACGAAGUGUCAACCUUCUUACAAUUGGAGGAGGAGGCUGCACAACUAGCUAAGGCGGGAAGAGAAUGCCCUGUCCCAAAGCCUCGUGGAGUCCUGGGUGAAUUGCUCGGUUUCUCAAACCAUAAAGAGGCCACAGACAACUAGAGCUCCGACGCGGAAGUCAGCGGUCCCGACCUUUCCUAUCACGAGAAGAGUCGAUGAAUUGUAUUGAAUACCAGCGAGCUCGGUGAAGCUAUGAGAGAUAUUUUACGAAUCGGGUUAUUGGAGUGUUAAACCUCCUGUUGAGAAUACCUUUCGGCCCUGGGCCAUGCUAUGCAGUGAGGCACCAACCCAAUUGCCAGCAAUAUACCCAUGUACAGAUAGUCAUCUGGAGCCAUGAUGUACAAUAGCAUUUCUAUGUCUAUAACUUGACUCU